UGAGCCUCUCGGCGCCUCGUUAUCGGCCUCCUAGGCUGGCCUCUACCUCCGGAAAAUGGUGUCGUGGCCGGCGAGGGUGACGGGUGAGUCCUGGCGGGGGCGGGGCGUCUUGACAGAGGAGGAGUCAAGUGGGGCGACGCGCCGGCGACACCCCACCGACCAACCUUUGACGCCGCACUCGCCCGCCCGCCCGCUGCACGCCCGCACGCGGCCCCGCACCUUCCUCUGUCGCCAACUCUGUUCCCGCUCAGGCCGCGGCGCCUCGCUGCGAGUAGGUGGUGAGGCUGCCGCCGCCCGUCACGAGAGAGGAGCCGAGCAUCGCCGCGGAGGCCAGCCGGUGCCGGCGUGUGCAGGCGAGGCGCUCAAGACAACCGCCAGCAUUGAUCCCCGGCGGGCGGCGCCUCCCUCCGGCCACACGGGCGCUGCCACACCGCCCCUGGAGGCUGUGGAGGCCGCCCGCAUCACCCCGCCGCCUCGCCAGGCCGCCCACGACACUCCCCCGCCCUCCCUUGUGACCCGCGAGGCCACCCGCGAAACUCACCUGCCCGUGGGCGGCGGCGGAGGCGGCGGCGGCGGCGAACGCGGGUGGACUCGCUGGUGGGAGGGCGGCGGCCAGGACGCCAAGCUUGAAGCCAAAGCUGAGGUCACCAAAAUGGAAUCUGGCCGAAAGUCCGACGAGGAAGCCGGCGCUGAUGAGCGCCCGUCGUCAGUGGGAGAAGUGAAGCCCCGCCCGCGGCCCCUGCUGCACCCCGCCGACGGUGCACUGUUUUCAAAUCCUCAACUCGGCACCGUACAGGCUUCUAAAACGUGGUCAUACAGCAAAGGCCCCAGGGAUUACUGCCGCUCCCCGCGUUCCCCCGGUGACUCCUGCAGCAGCCCCGCCAGCUCCCCCGUCGAGUCGCCCCCUUCUUGUUCCCCCGCCAGCUCCCCGCUCACCUCCCACGCCACGCCCAUGCUGGCCCCCGCGCCCUUCCCGCCGCCCUCCCUCUCCAUGCACCACCACCACCAGCUAGGCGGGGGUCUGCUCGGGGGCCGCCUGUCGCCGCUGGGUGGACGCUGCCCCUCCACCCUCGCCAACGCCGUGUGUGUGUCCUCCUCCAUCGGCUGCGUGACCAUGGGCGGCGGCAGCAUCGGCACCGUCAGCGUGGCUGGCAGCGUGGGCGUGGGCGGCCUGGGGGUGGGCGGGGGCGGAGGCAGGCGUGUGUCCCCGGGCCUCACCUGCCUGGUCUGCGGCGACACGUCCUCAGGUAAACACUACGGCAUCCUCGCCUGCAACGGCUGCUCCGGCUUCUUCAAGAGGUCCGUCAGGCGCAAACUCAUUUACAGAUGCCAGGCAGGGACGGGCACCUGCAUCGUGGACAAGGCUCACCGGAACCAGUGCCAAGCGUGUCGCCUCAAGAAGUGCAUCCAAAUGGGCAUGAACAAGGACGCGGUGCAGAACGAGCGGCAGCCUCGGAACACAGCUACCAUCCGCCCCGAGGCCUUCGCGGACAUGGACCAGGAGAGACUGCUGAGGGAGGCGGCCGUGGCGGUUGGGGUGUUCACGCCGCCCAUCCCCAUCCCUGGCCUGGUAUCCGCCGCUAUGGGUGGAUCGCGCGGGUUCCUGGCCCCUCCGUCCGUCACCAGCACGCCCUUCACGCCCACCCACCCCCACCACGCCCUGGCCUCCAUCACCUCCAACCCCGCACAGCCGCCACCCUCCAUCUCCUCCGCCAACUCGUCCUCGUCCUCGUCUUCCUCGUCCUCGUCUUCCUCCUCGUCCGCCGCCAGCGCCACGGCCGCCUCAACCAACAGCAUCAUCAUCAACAACAACAACCCGUCAACCAUCAACCACAUGUCCGGGGCGACUAACGGGGGCGGGGCGGCGGGGCUCCUUGGGAUGACCCGCGCCCACUCCCCCGCCAAGGACGACCAUGACCCCAGUCUCCGGAACGUCGAGUCUCCUGUGGACGUCACGGGCGGAGGCAGCGAGGAGACGUCAAGUGGAGGACUCCUGGGCUCUCACCUGCCGCCUGUGUCCUCCUCGUCAUCGUCGUCAGGAGCCUCGUACUUGGAGACGGCGCCGCUGUGGGACCCGCUGCAGGAGUCGGUGCAAGAAACGGCCGCUCGAUUACUGUUCAUGGCGGUGAAGUGGGCCAAGAACCUUCCCUCCUUCAGCAGUCUGCCCUUCCGAGACCAGGUGGUGCUGCUCGAGGAGGUCUGGUCGGAGCUCUUCGUGCUGAACGCGGUCCAGUGGUCCCUCCCGCUGCCCACCUGCCCCCUCCUCACCCCCUCCGCCCACGCCCACGCCCUCGCCCACGCCCACAAGGCCGCCCAAGCCGCCCACGACAUCAGGCAGCUGUCGGAGGUGGCGGGCGCCUUCCGGGACCUGGCGGUGGACCCAGCGGAGUUCGCUUACCUGAAGGCCAUUGUGCUCUUCCGGCCAGUGCGCGGCCUGAAGGACGCCGCGCAGGUGGAGUCGCUGCAGGACCAGGCGCAGGUGAUGCUGAGCCAGCACGUGCGGGCGCACUACCCCGCCCGCCCCGCGCGCUUCGGCCGCCUGCUGCUGCUGCUGGCCUCGCUGCGCGCCCCGCCGCCUCCCCGCGUGCAGGCGCUCUUCUUCACCGCCACCAUCGGCAACACGCCCAUGGAGAAGAUCCUGUGUGACAUGUACAAGAGCUGAGCGACGCGCCUCUUCCAUCACCCUUGUUGUUAUGCGUUUUUAAUUAUUAUUAUCAUUGUUAUUAUCAUUAUUAUCAUUAUUUUCAUUAUUAUUAUUAUUGUCAUUAUUAUUGUUUUAUUUUUAUUGCAAUAGAGGUAUUGAGUUCAUAAAUAUCUUAGCUGUGUGCAUUUCUCUUGGCAACUACAUAUUAGUUUCAGGGUAAAUUAUCGUUUUUUUUAUUUUAUUAUAACGCUAUUUGUGUGUGUGUGUGUGUGUGUGUGUGUGUGUGUGUGUGUGUGUUUGAGGGUGGCAGCGGCAGAGCGGCGUGUUAUGGUUGGCGGUUGUCAAUCCUCCAAAUAGGAUUUUUUUAUGAUGUUUGUUCAAGCGCUGUUCACGCCGGGAGUGAUGCCGCGCUCUGUGCCGCCUCGUGGCUUCCGAUCGCAUCUGUUGUUUUCAAUGAGAUGUUCACACCGGCCGCCAGGCUCCCUCGCUGCAAGGCCUCGCAUCCGACGUGAACAGCUGGGCCUUAGUACCGAAGAGGUGGAAGUUUUUCUGCCAUUUUAUAGUAUAAUAUAUUUAUCUAUUUAUUUAUAUAUUUAUAUUUUAACUAAUUUAUUUACUAAUUUAUUAAAUGUAUUUAAACACACACACACACACACACACACACACACACACACACACACACACACACACACACACACACACACACACACACACACGCACACACACACUGAGCAAUGUGUACACAGGGCGUUCACGGUCAGGCGCACACCCGGUUCUUUCUUGGUUGUUUCAAACAUCUCGCCAAGUGCAGUCAACGGUACGUAUCAUAAGGACAUUACGCCGCUUCAUUAAUAUUCUCCAUUACAAUGUCAAGAAAUUUUUUAAUUCAGAAUUAUAAGUCCAAAGGAAGAAUUCUUAAUCAACGGAGGAUAUUCUUUACCAUCUACUGAAUUUAUUUUGUGGUAAAUGUAACUAACAAUGAAUUAACACUGAUAAUAUUCCAUUUUCUUCAAUGAGUAUUGUUACCUUCAUGAUACUUCCGACUGGACGCUGAUGACGGAAGGCCCGGAGCACACACACACACACACACACACACACACACACACACACACACGACUCGAAGCUCUGCGGUGCAUGGCGGUGGGAGAGUGGAAUGCCUCGUGCUUGCUGAUGACUAGUUUUCGUGGCAGAGCCAAUCAAGCAUCUCUUCUUAAUGCUUCCGUCGGUUCAAGUUAGAGACGAAAAGGAAGACGCCGGAAUGUCAUUCACGAGGCUGUUGAAGGCGAGGCGAGGAACCUUGGCACUGUCAUCACUUUGUGUGCUGCUUGACUGCAUUUACCCCGCUCUGCUGACUUGAUUUCCUCGUCAAAAAUAAAGAUAUAUUCAAGCCAGAUUGUAAACCGGUGUAUUGUAGUAAGAUACUCCAAGGAGGUCCAUGGUGACCAAGCACGUAAAAUUGUACUUUAAACCAAGAAUAAAUUCCGCGGUUUAAAGCAAGGUUAUCUUCAUGGUUUU